CUUAUUGUUAAAUAAGAUAUAAAUUUGAUCUUUCUUUGAAAAAAUAUUUCAAAAUUAAAUUUUUUUUUUCAAAUUAAGAUACUGCUUAUGUAUUCUUUAAAAAUUUGCUAGUGGAAGUUGUAAUACAAUCGAAUUUAUAAAGUUCUUUACAAUAUUCGUCCCCAUAUCUGUCUCCUGUUUUUCGAUGAUCGUUUUUAGCAUCCCACGAAGACGAAAACCAGUUUCACGUCCGGACACGAACAUUGGCGAAUCGAAGAAAGAACGAAUCGCUCAAUCGAUGAUCAUGCUUCUUUCAACGAUGUUUCUCCUGGAAAGAAUGCUGUGGACGUCUCGAUGCUUACUAAUUUUAUUGUUAAUAACGAUAGCGUCUUGUAUAGACGCAAUAAUGGAUGGUUUCCUGGAAAAUGGAACAACCACCAACGCAAUCUCGACGACCAUCUUGGCACCGAUGGUCACAACUACAUCUAAUUUAAAUAAAACUGAGAGGACGAUGGUUAAUUUGUCAAAUAUAAAAAGUAUGGACGAAGAAAAUAUUCAAGAUCCAUCCCACGCAUCCUCACCUUCGUCUGACACAAUUUGGGAGUGUCCAAAUAUUACAAAAGCGGGCGUCGAAUGUUCCUGUGACUUUCCACACACGUUAAGAUGUACCGGUGAUAGAACCGCUUUACAGAUUAUCAGUAAAAAGUUGAAAUUUAGUCGCCCAGGAACGAUUUCUUUAUUGGAUGUAACAAUAACAGGAAUUUCUCUAUUACCAUCUCGCUUUUUGGAAGAUGUUGCCUUGCAUGGGCUUGUCAUUUCUAGCGGAGAAUUGAAACGUAUCCAUGAAAAUGCUUUCGUUGGGCUUAUUACACCUCUUCAAGCUCUUGGACUUCCAAAUAAUCUAUUAGAUUCUGUACCUACUACAGCUUUAUCACAUUUGAUCGGUUUAGAAAGAUUGGAUCUGUCUCAGAAUAAACUGAAAAUGUUGGAAGCUGGCUCUUUUAAGGAUUUGUCAAAUCUAACAUAUUUAGAUUUGUGCGACAAUUUAUUAUCACAACUAUCGCCCCAAGCUUUUGCUGCAGUACCUUUAUUGCGUUCAUUAAGAAUGCGUGGAAAUCGUUUAAGCGUAUCAGCUCUAUCAGCAUUGAGAGGUCUUAAAAGUUUAGAAGAACUUGAUUUGUCUAAUAAUCUAUUAUUGGGUCCAAUGGGACCAAAUCUUCUUCCUCAAAUGCCACGAUUACGUUUCCUUACUGUUUCUGAAAACGAGUUAAUAAAUGUACAACAAGGAGCUCUUGUAGGUUUGAGAAACUUAACUUAUCUCAGCUUAAGUCAUAAUCAGAUUGAUGUGCUGGAAGAUCAUUCAUUCAAAUAUUUAUCAACUCUUAUUAGACUUGAUUUAGCAAAUAAUCGUAUUGUUGCGGUAUCCAGCGCUUCUUUGGCACAUUUGGAAAAAUUGACAACUCUUGAUUUGACGCAUAAUUUUUUACGAUCUCUGACUGCUGAUUUGGUAGUACCAUUAAAAAGUCUCCAAGAUCUUCGUCUCGAUGAUAACGAUAUUACAAUGGUAGCCAGCGACGUACCAACAUCGAAAUUACGACUCACAAGACUUUCUUUGGCAGAUAAUCCUUUGAAUUGUGAUUGCACGCUUUUAGAAUUUGCCAAUUGGUUGAGCAAUUCUAGCUUAAACGAAGAAGAUAAGUCUUCAGCAGUCUGUGCGACACCACCUGCUUUAGAAAAUGGUAUACUGACGCAAGUUUCUCCCGGUAAUCUUCUUUGUGGUGAGCCGACACCACCAAUCAUGACCAGAUUACCUUUGGCAGGAGCUCAAUUAACAUUGAAAGAAUUCCACUAUGAUAAAUCAACUGGUAUUAAUCUCCUGUGGCAUGUAGAACCGUGUACAGAACGAUAUACUUGUGAUACUUUAAUUGUCUAUGAAACUAUAGGUGAUACCGAGAAUGAGACAGAUUCUAGUUCUCUUCAUUGUGAUUCACGUAUAAUGAGAGAUCCCUGUUCACUUCCAGUUACCAUACCUGCUUCCUUACAUUUACAAUUAGGCCAUAAAUAUCGUUAUUGUGUAGUACUUCUAGUGCCAAAUAGUUAUGAUGAUGUCUCCUUAGGUUUGGGUUGUAGUGAUGUAAUAACUUUAGAAGAAUCUAAACGAGAAUUACAACAAGAUCAAGAAAUUGGGAGAAAUUUAGAGACUGUCUCUUCUUUAGAUACUAGAAUAACUGGAGUACAUGUAAAUGUCUCUGAUCAAGGUUUUUUGCAUGUCGAUGUUACCUUAUCAAUCUCGAAAAAAUCAAAUUUACCUGAAUGCGAACUAUCUGUGGUUGUUUUUGAUGCUGAAUCUGCAGUGCAUAAACAAAAGUUAAAUUGUAGCUUAACGUUUGUGACAUUAGCUGUAUUAUUGCCCGGUCGUUAUAAAGUUUGUGCAAGUCUUGACGAUGUUAAUGAAGAAGACGUUAUCACAAAUUUUAUAGAUAAUCGAGAUAGAUUACGUUGCGUUGAAGUACAAAAAUUCAAACAAAAUACAGAGUUAAUUGUUUUAACGAUAAUUGGAGCUAGCUGUGCUCUUUUAAUCAUAAUUGCGAUAAUUGGUAGAAGCGUUUUAAAAAGGCUGAGACAUCCUAGGAUACAAACUCAAUGUUUCCUACCAGCACAGGAAUUUGAAAUAACACAUAAAGCACAUUAUAUUAAAUUACUAGCUACAACAAAAGUUUAAAUCAUUUUCAAGUACAAUUCCAUAUUUCUGAUUCUUGUAAAUAAUUACAGCUUAUUAUUGUUAUGAAUAUUUAAAAAUGUGGGAAUCGAAUAAUUUAUUCGGUUAAAGAAUGUAUUUGAUCUUAUUUUAUAAGAUUAUUUCUAUGAGCUACUUUCUACUAGUCAUAAAAUUGAUAAUUCUAAAUAGAAUAAUAAAUAGUAGAUCAUAAAGAAAAAUUUUAAAAAUAAAUAAUAAUAUAAUUAAAUCAAA